AUGCUCGCGCGGGGGGGGGCGACGACCGAGGGGGCGACGGAGAGCGUCAGUGGGUUGCGAAUUUCAAAUCGCACGGUGAGCGGUGCGGUGGUUCGGCAGCGAUUCAGCGAACGACGGGCGAUGACCGCGCGUGAGGUGGCGACGGCGUCGUCGGCGUCGUUCGUGAGUGGGAAACAUGGAUUCGUUGGCGUGGUGUGCGAGGCGACGCGACGGAUCGGGAACGACGGACGGGCGUACGGGACGUGGCGGGUGAGCGACCUCGGGAGCGGCGGAGGAGAGGUCACGGUGAACGUGUUCGGCGACGCGUUCGACGCGCAUCAUCCGGAGCGGGAUGAUGGGAGAGGGAGUGGGGGGGUGGUGGGGAUGAUAUGGGCCGUGUUCGACGCCGCGUGGUACAAACGCGGGCACGUGUCGACGCGCGAGGCGGGACAGUUGAUGAAAAUAGGCGCGGCGACAGAUUUUGCGCUGUGCAAGGCAAAGCGACGGGACGGGCAACCGUGCACGAAGGCUGUGAACGCGUCGGUGUGCGCGUUCUGUGAGUUUCACGUCCCAAAGGCGAUUCGCGAGGUGGCGAGCGCGCAACGAGCGAUGACUGGAAAGAGAAACGCGAACGACGAUUUCAAAGCCAGUUUGCAGAAACACGGAGCGGCGAUGAACAAGGCGGCCGCGACGGGUCAGAGUCACAUGACGCAGCCGGGACAGGGUGCGAUGUUCGGUGCGCCGCCACCGAGCGCGCGAGCACGGGAUAUUUUGACGCGAACGGGCGGCGCGCUUCCUCGCCAGCCGUUUACGUCCAAGCGAUCGGGCGCGACCGGGCCGUCCCUCGGAGAUAAGCGAGCAAAAACGGUCUCUCUCGACGACGAAGAUUUGGAGUUUGAAGACGACGAGGCGACGUUGAAGAUUCUGGCCAAGCAGCACGCGUCUUCCAUCGCGCAGGCCCGCAAGGAUGCUGACCUCGCCAAGCAGCGCGCCGCGGCGGAACGUCUCAAGGCGACGGGAUUGACUCUGGCGAAACCAGAUCCGAACGAUACGUCGGCGAAAAAGCCGACGCCAGGAACGAUUCGAGCCGACCCCAAGCCUUUGCCCGAUGCGCUCAAGACGCACGGCCUGCAAACGAACACGAUGGCUCAGUUGGAGAAGAAGCUCAAGGCGGAAACCACUCGGCGGAUGGAGCUCGAACGCGAGAACGCCGAGCUGAGACGUCAACUCGCAGAGGCGCGUGGGGAGAAGCCGGGCUCGGAUAGAGUGGUGAUGGGCGACAUGUCGAAUCGCAACUCCAAAUCCUUCGGAAACGAGAACAAAGCACCGGUUUUGAAGUCGAGGUAUGACGACGAUGCUCGAGAAGAAGACGUCGAUACGAUGAUGACGCGCAUGGACGCACUUCAGGAGCGUGAUCAGCUCGCGGCACAACUCGCGCUAAAGCGUGAGACAAAUGUCAAGGUGUAUCAUUGCUCACAAUGUCAGAAGAAGACGCGAUUUUUCGAUUCUUCAACGUGUGCGGGUCACCGGUCGUGCGUAACGCAAAUUGAAUCCAUCAUGCGUUACUUCAAGUGCAAAGGGUGCAAUCAAACGAACACGACGUUCGAUGCGCUCAUGCCGAAAGCGUGCGAGAGAAACGGGUGUUCGAGCAUCGUGUUUGAGAGAGUGACGGCAGCGGACGUUACCGCCGCGGCGAAGCCUAGGAAAGAUGAGAUGACGGCUGGGGAACUGGCGAGUAGAGAAGCGCUCGCGCCGCGAGGCGUUGAGCACGGCUUUCGACUUGACACAAUCCACGGUGCGUCCUAG